UAAUAAUAAAUAAUAAGCUUAACGUGAAGAAACUUUUUCUCUUGCUGGCUGCCAUACCUGCGUGGGCCACACGAUGGCACUGUUUACUGGCCCUUAGCUUUAGCUUUUCUUUUUAUGCCUGCUAUACCGACCUGGACCACAGGAGGGCUCUGUUUCUUCUCCCUUAGCGUUGAAGCUUAAAACACCCCCGUGACGAGAAAAUAGCUGCACAAGGAAGUUGGCCGGAAAACUAAGAAGGAUGGACGGGAAGUCGACCGUGAGGGAAACGUCGUUCUUCAAAAUGGUGGGACGUUGGGCUGGGGGACGCCGCGUUGGACGGACAGGAAGUGUGCCGUGACGAAAAGGUCGCUGAGAAAGGAAGUUGGGGAUCAAAGAAAGUCAGCCAUGAUGAGAAGGUCAUUUUUCAAAGGAACUGGGAGAAGGCCGCUGAAAAUUGACAGGAAGUCGGUCGUACUAGGAAGGCCGCUGCAAAAGGAACUUGAGGUGGCAAUGCCAGGAGAAGGGCACAAAGGAAGUCGGCCAUACUGGGAAGGUCGCUCGAAGAAGCACUGGCACGCGUUGAAGCUUAAAACACCCCCGCGACGAGAAAAUAGCUGCACAAGGAAGUUGGCCGGAAAACUAAGAAGGAUGGACGGGAAGUUGACCGUCAGAGAAACGUCGUUUUUCAAAAUGGUGGGACGUCGGGCUGGGGGACGCCGCGUUGGACGGACAGGAAGUGUGCCGAGACGAAAAGGUCGCUCAGAAAGGAAGUUGGGGAAUCAAAGGAAGUCAGCCAUGAUGAGAAGGUCAUUUUUCAAAGGAACUGGGAGAAGGCCGCUGGAAAUUGACAGGAAGUCGGUCGUACUAGGAAGGCGGCUGCAAAAGGAACUUGAGGUGGCAAUGCCAGGAGAAGGGCACAAAGGAAGUCGGCCAUACUGGGAAGGUCGCUCGAAGAAGCACUGGCACGGUAAUCGGAAGCCAUGCGGAGAAGGGCGACGGAAGCGGAUCGGCCCCUGAAGGUCUUGCCGCUCUGCACUGCGGGGCUUUUUGUGGCCGCCUACCGGCUCGGACCACCCGAUGGGCACCGUUUUCUGUCCCUUACCGAUAGCGCUGAAGCCAUCGUAGGCCUUUUAAAAUGGGUUUAACUCUUUUGAAGCACGAUUCCUUCGGGGCCGGUGUGGCGGCUCCUGGCACCCUGUUGCCGUAUUAACGUUAAUCGUGAGGCGUUGAAUAAUAAAGAUACAGAAUAAUAAAACGUAAAAUCCCGUUAAAAGGUUUUUUCUGUGUGUCUGCUAUUCCUUCUUUGACCACAGGAGGGCACGGUUUUCUCUCCCUUAGCAAUAGCAUUGAGGCCGUCGGAAAAGCCUAGGUUAAUGCUAUGGGAUCGAACGCUGCCAUCCUGUGGUCAAAGCGGGUAUUGCGGACACAAAAACAAACCACCCUUUUUAAUGGGACGUUAAGGUUAUUAUCCUGUAUCUUUUAUUAUUGACGCCUUAUUAAUACGGUAUUAGGGCAACGGGAGUCUCGUUUGCUGCAGCGUGGGCGCGGUAAAGGAAAUCCUGCUUCAAAGGCCAUACACCGAGUUAAGGUGGCCUAUUAAUAACAAGCCUUUAAUAAUAAAGAAUAACCUUAAAAUGCCAUUUAAAAGGUUUUUCUUUGGGUGGCUGCUAGAACCUGCUUCAACCCCAGGAUGGCGCUCUUUUCUGUCCCUUACCGUUAGCGUUGAGACCAUCGUAGAUCUUUUUCACUCGGUUUGGGUCUGGAAG